AUGGAGCAGCAGGAGAGCGGAGGAGAGGAGAAGGAUGCGAAGGAGUUUGCCGCUCCCCCUCCUCUCCUCUUCAGGAAGCUGAGUAACCCUGACCUGUCGCCCGCAGCAACCGCUGCUACAAAAUCCAAACUGCACCGACAGCUCAGCCAGGACGAGAGCAGGGCACGACGCAGCAGCAUGGCCAUGACCGGUAAGCAGCUGCUGCCUCUGUCCAGCAGUCUGCACGCCGGGGUGAGUCAGCUGGCCUGGCAGGGGCCCUCUGGAGAGGUCAACAACCUGGUCCGUAUGAGGAGCCAGGCCCUGGGACAGUCUGCUCCAUCACUCACCGGACUGAAGGAGCUGAGCCUUCCCCGAAGAGGCAGUUUCUGUCGGACGAGCAACAGGAAGAGCCUGAUUGUGACGUCCAGCACCUCCCCCACUCUGCCACGACCACACUCACCUCUGCAUGGACACACAGGUACCAGCCCACUGGACAGCCCUCGCAACUUCUCCCCCAACACAGCUGCACACUUCUCCUUUGUUCCUGCACGCAGGACGGAUGGUAGACGCUGGUCUUUGGCCUCGCUGCCUUCUUCUGGCUAUGGCACCAACACUCCCAGCUCCACUGUCUCGUCCUCCUGUUCAUCUCAGGAGAAGCUGCACCAGCUGCCCUUCCAGCCCACACCGGACGAGCUGCACUUCCUCACCAAACACUUCAGCUCCGAGAGCAUCACGGACGAGGAGGGACGCCGCUCCCCCGCCAUGAGACCGCGGUCCCGCAGCCUCAGCCCCGGACGCUCACCUGUCUCUUUUGACCAUGAGAUUGUGAUGAUGAACCAUGUCUACAAGGAGAGGUUCCCCAAGGCGACUGCUCAAAUGGAGGAGCGCCUGGCUGAGCUGCUGUCCUCCUCGGCCCCGGAUAAGGUGUACCCGCUGGCAGACGGGGUCCUGAGCUUCAUCCACCAUCAGCUGAUAGAGCUGUCCAGAGACUGCCUGGAGAAAAGCAGAGAGGGCCUCAUCACCUCCCGCUACUUCUACGAGCUCCAGGAGAACCUGGAGAAGCUGCUGCAGGAUGCUCACGAGCGCUCCGAGAGUGUGGAGGUUACCUUCGUCACGCAGCUCGUCAAGAAGCUGAUGAUCAUCAUCGCCCGGCCUGCGCGCCUGCUGGAGUGUCUGGAGUUUGAUCCGGAGGAGUUCUACCACUUGUUGGAAGCAGCAGAGGGCCAUGCCAAGGAGGGCCAGGGCAUCAAGUCGGACAUCCCUAGAUACAUCAUCAGCCAGCUGGGCCUCACCAGGGACCCCCUGGAGGAAAUGGCCCAGCUGAGCAGCUAUGACAGCGGGAACCCAGAAACCCCAGAGACUGACGACUCAGUGGAUAGUCGAGGAACCACAGUCCCAGCAGCUCCACCGCAGACUAAGACCAAAACCCCCCGGGAGGAGGACUUUGAAAACAUCAAGCUCAUCAGUAACGGAGCCUAUGGUGCCGUGUUUCUGGUGCGACACAAGGAAACCCGCCAGCGCUUCGCCAUGAAGAAGAUCAACAAGCAGAACCUGAUGCUGAGGAACCAGAUCCAGCAGGCCUUUGUGGAGAGAGACAUCCUGACGUUCGCCGAGAACCCGUUCGUUGUCUCCAUGUUCUGUUCUUUUGAGACCAGGAGGCACCUCUGCAUGGUGAUGGAGUACGUGGAGGGUGGAGACUGCGCCACGUUGCUGAAGAACAUCGGCGCUCUGCCGGUGGAUAUGGCUCGUAUGUACUUCGCAGAGACCGUCCUCGCGUUGGAGUAUCUCCACAACUACGGCAUCGUACACAGAGACCUCAAACCUGACAAUCUUCUCAUCACGUCCAUGGGACACAUCAAGCUGACGGACUUCGGUCUCUCAAAGAUUGGUUUGAUGAGUUUGACCACGAACCUGUAUGAAGGACACAUUGAGAAAGACACCAGAGAGUUCCUCGAUAAACAGGUGUGUGGUACCCCAGAAUACAUUGCCCCAGAGGUCAUUCUGCGUCAGGGCUACGGGAAGCCAGUGGACUGGUGGGCAAUGGGAGUCAUUCUGUAUGAGUUCCUGGUGGGCUGCGCUCCCUUCUUCGGAGACACACCGGAGGAGCUGUUUGGUCAGGUGAUCAGUGAUGAAAUCAUCUGGCCGGAGGAAGAUGAAGCUCUGCCUCAGGAGGCUCAGGACCUGAUCUCCAAAUUGCUGAGACAAAACCCACUGGAGAGGCUGGGCACAGGAAGUGCCUUUGAGGUGAAGCAGCACCCGUUCUUCACAGAGCUGGACUGGAACAGCCUGCUGAGACAGAAAGCAGAGUUCAUCCCCCAGCUGGAGUCAGAGGACGACACCAGUUACUUUGACACUCGAUCCGAUCGGUACCACCACGUGGAUUCAGAGGAGGAAGACGACACCAACGAUGACGAACACGUGGAGAUUCGACAGUUCUCCUCCUGCUCGCCGCGUUUCAGCAAGGUGUACAGCAGUAUGGAGCGUCUGUCUCUGCACGAGGAGAAGAGGACUCCUCCUCCCACCAAACGCAGCCUCAGUGAGGAGGGAGGAGAUCGUAUCGACAGCCUGAGCGGACUCAAGUCCAGAGAUCGAUCCUGGCUGGUGGGAUCUCCAGAGAUCCUGCGGAAGCGUCUGUCUGUGUCGGAGUCUUCCCACACAGAGAGCGACUCCAGCCCGCCUCUGACAGUCCGGAGGCGUUGCUGCUCCGCCAUCAUUGAGAUGCCACGAUUCGCCAUCUCCUCUGAGGAGGAAGGAGGCCAAGGGCAAGGUGGAAGUCGUAAGAGCCCCAGCCUGCUGGGUCCGAGUGCAGUGAGGGGCCCACGCGGCGACGAGCUGCCCCUCGCCAUCCCAGAGCUCCCGGUGGAGAGAGAGCUGAAGCUGGACGAGUCUCCCACCACCCCGAGCUCCACCUCCAGUCAGCUGAGCAAGGCCACGCUUACACCGGGCAGCUCAGGCGAUGUGUGUGAACGUGGUAAUGGCGGUAAUGGCCACAAUGGCGGUGCCGGUGGAGCUGCUAAAGGUGCAGCGGACAGCGACUCUCCAGCAACUCCAAAAGCCAUCAGUGACCUGGCAGCUCGCCGGGCUCGCCACCGGCUGCUGUCCGGAGACACAGACAAACACACGACGACUCCCAGCUCCAGGCCGCUCAACAAGGUCAUCAAGUCGGCCUCCGCCACCACACUGUCGCUGAUGAUCCCUGCAGACCACCACGGAGCCUCCCCAUUGGCCAGCCCAAUGUCACCCCACUCACUGUCAUCCAACCCGUCAUCACGAGACUCCUCUCCAAGCCGGGACCUGUCCCCGGCGGUGAGCAGCGUCAAACCAGCCAUCGUGAUCCACAGGGCGGGCAAGAAGUACGGCUUCACCCUGAGAGCCAUCAGAGUCUACAUGGGAGACUCUGACAUCUACACCGUGCAUCACAUGGUCUGGCAUGUGGAGGAAGGGGGUCCGGCCCACGAGGCAGGGCUGAGGGAGGGAGACCUCAUCACCCACGUCAACGGAGAGCCGGUCCACGGUCUGGUUCACACAGAGGUGGUGGAGCUCAUACUGAAGAGCGGCGCUAAAGUGUCCAUCUCUGCCACCCCGUUUGAGAACACGUCCAUCAAAGUCGGCCCCGCCCGAAAGACGGGCCACAAAUCCAAGAUGGCGAGACGCAACAAGAAGACCAAGAACAAGGAGGGGCAGGAGAGUAAGAAGAGGACGUCUCUGUUCAGGAAGAUCACCAAGCAGGCGUCUCUACUCCACACCAGCCGCAGUCUGUCUUCUCUGAACCGCUCCCUGUCCUCCGGGGAGAGUGGCCCCGGCUCACCAACACACAACCUGUCACCACGGAGCCCGACACAGGGCUACAGGUCCACACCAGACUCCGCCCACUCAGUUGGUGGAAACUCAUCCCAGAGCAGCUCCCCCAGCUCCAGCGUCCCAAACUCCCCAGCGAGCUCUGGCCACAUCCGGCCCAGCUCUCUGCACGGCCUCGCCCCGAAGCUGCAGCGACAGUACCGCUCCCCCCGGCGCAAGUCUGCCGGCAACAUCCCCCUCUCCCCUCUGGCACGCACGCCUUCCCCCACCCCUCAGAGCAGCUCCCCGCAGCGUUCUCCCUCCCCUCUGCCCAGCCACGCCCUGGGGCAGUCCGCCGUGGGCCAGUCGUUCCCCGUGAAGCUCCACUCCUCCCCUCCCCUAGUGAGGCAAAUAUCCAGACCCAAGAGCGCCGAGCCCCCACGCUCUCCGCUCCUCAAGAGGGUGCAGUCGGCUGAGAAGCUGGCCGCCUCCCUCUCUAACUCGCCCUCGUCUCCCUCCGGGGUGGCGGCGGCGGGGGAGAAGAAGCUGGCGGUGGGAGCAGCUGUAGGGAGCCGUAAACACAGUCUGGACAUCUCACACUCAGAGUUUAAAAAGGAGAUUCUGCAGCGGGAGCCGAGUCUGCAGAGCCUCCAGGAGUCAGCCAGCGAGGGUCUGCUGUCCUCAGCGGGACGCGGUGUGGAGAAGGGCAGCCUGCAGAAACACUCCUCCUCAUCGAGGAAGUUGGGACGUCAGGAGGGGGACAGCGCCCUCAUCACGGUGUCCGGCUCGCUGGGCCUGGCCCCAGGGAAGAGCAAACUGAAGGACAAGCUCUCAGCCAUCCGGCAAGACAGAGCCGAGCGGCGGGAAUCGCUGCAGAAGCAAGACGCCAUCCACGAGGUGGAUUCAUCUGAGGACGAGACAGACGAGGGCUCAGAGGACAGCCAGGACGGACGCAGGGGGACCACCUUCACCCCUCCUCCCCUGCUAAGGCCCACCACUGUGAGAACAGGCCCUGGAGGUACCCUGCCGUCCCUCUGCCUCUCCCCCUGCACCCCUCACGCCACAUUCACCCACACAGGGCCCUCACAGGUAGGCAGGCCCACGCCCUCACACACCCUCCCCUCCGUGACAGAGAUGAAGCCCGGUCAGAGCUCCUCCUCCUCCUCUGGGCUCAAAGAUGGAUGCUCUGCCCCAUCCACAGAUGGUGUGAGACAAGAGAGGAAAGUUCUGGAGCAGAGCGGGACCACAAAACCCCCUCAGGGCCCCCUUCCCUUCUCCACUCCAGGCAGUGCAUUCAUCUCAGUCAGCAAGGACACUUUCCUCAAGCCGAGUCCCCCACAAGACUCGAAGAUCCCAUCCACCACAAUUACUACAAGCUCCCCUGAGUCCAGAACUACAAGUACCACAGACUGCCAAACCACUGACACCCGAGAGACCGCCCGCACCUCCUGCUCCUCCCCAGGCAUCCCCAAGGAGAAGAAAGAGGCCGACAACCGGAGACUGUGUGCAGCCGCCGCCGCAAGUCUGAGCGCAUCGUCAUCAUCCACCUCCAGCUCCAACUCCAGCUCCAGCUCCCCAGUCCCGCUCACUGAGAGCAGCGUGGACAAAGUGGUGUCCCAGUUGGCGAUGGUCGCCAAAAGUGUUCUUGGUCCGGUCAAACUCAGCACGGGUGCAGACAAGAGCCAGAAGGACCAGAAACCAUCCAGAGGGGUCAUCCCAGAAGCCCCCCCAACUGACCUGCUCUCACUCCCCCCCAAACAGCUUCCAACCCCUCAGAUGCCUCACCCGUCAGAGUCCCCCACCAGACAGAAAAAUGAAACCACCUCGCAGAGUUCGGCCAAGCCCUCUACCCAAAAAGACUACCCAGCCCCGGCGCCACCACCAAGACCCACAUCAGGGUCUGCAGGGACGAAGGGUGCUGACCCCUCUGUGUCUGCACAGCGACCGGUUGCAGCAGCAGCGGCAGCAGGUCAGACCGCCCUCUACACGAGCCUCCCCAUCUCUGCAGCAUCUGAGCCACAGCGCAAGAGGUCCGAACCCCAGACGACAACUGCCGCCGCCGCCGCAGCCAGCGCCACGUCCACCUCCUCGCAACAAGACAAAGCAACCAGCAAGAAGACGUAG